CCCCAGUCCCCCAUAUAUCCCAAUUCCCCUUCGCCACUUCAAUUGACCCUAUGUCCGAACCCGCCCGGAAAGCCGGCACCUUGGACCGCUUCGAUGUCCCCAAUGAUAUUCCGGUCAACAACCCCACCAUGCUCAUCUUCCUCCUCGCUUUAUCCCAUUCUGCUCCACAACCUAUAACCUAUUUCCAUGGCUGAGAACCUCCGCGGAGCCGCCGGCAAGAUGACGCAGCUCUGCCGGAGCAUCGUCCGGGUCAACGUCCGGCGGAGCUUCCUCGAGCGGGUCUCGGUUUUCCGGCAGUUUUUCCGUUUUAUUUGGGACCGGAUUCUCGUUUGCUCCGUUGGGAAGCCGGCAAGGUACCGGCGCUUGUCUCGCAGACCGUCUUCUCCGGCUGAGGGCGCCUGCCCCGAGCUGGGCCCCGACGACCCGGCGAGUAGCGGGUAUGACACCGACUCGGAUUUGGUGACUCUGAAGAUCAGCUUACUGGGCGAUUGCCAAAUUGGGAAGACAAGCUUUGUGGUGAAAUAUGUUGGGGACGAGCAAGAAAACAGGAGCCUAGAGAUGAAAGGAGUGUCUCUAAUGGACAAAACAUUAGUUGUUAGUGGUGCAAGAAUUGCUUUCAGACUAUGGGAUGUGGGAGGUGACCGGACAUCACUGGAUCAAGUCCCUAUUGCUUGCAAAGAUGCAGUGGCAAUCUUGUUCAUGUUUGAUCUUACCAGCCGAUUUACUCUAAACAGUGUUAUUGGAUGGUACAAUGAAGCAAGGAAGUGGAAUCAGACGGCAAUUCCAAUAUUGAUUGGAACCAAGUUCGACGAUUUUGUUCGACUUCCACCCGACUUGCAGUGGACUAUUGUGACCCAGGCGAGGGCUUAUGCACGAGUUAUGAAUGGAACCUUAUUUUUUUCGAGUGCUACCCACAACAUCAACGUGAACAAGAUAUUCAAGUUCAUUGCGGCCAAGCUCUUCAACUUGCCUUGGACAAUCGAAAGAAAUCUCACCCUCGGGGAACCUAUCAUCGACUUUUAAUCAUCCAUCCAUCCAUUAAUCGUCGAUUUGUAUAUGUACAUAACAUGAUCACACGAUACAAAGUGAAAAAAAAAAAUUACUCUUUAGUUCUUAAUUUUUCAUUUUCUAGGGUUUUUGGAAAUCCAUAAAUUUUGGGGGAAAACCUUUGUUGUGUUCUUUUUUUUAUUUGCCUUUGCAAGUGACAUAGAAGAGUAGAAAUGAAGAACAAUUGUAACGGCCUCUCAUGCACGACAAAUUGUAUAGGCAAAAUAUAUAUUUUAACUCUUGUAUUUGUUUUUUUU